CUUUUUGUCGAGCUUGGUGGCUAGGGUUAAGCCUCUCUUUCAAAAACCGUCCGACUUGGGCGAGAAGGGGCACAGAAGUGACUAGAACCCCCUAGAACUCUCUCAGAGUAACCGCUGAGCCUGGAAGAUGCCAGCGGCCGCGGUGGAGAUGGAGCCAGUGGAGCCACAGUCACUAAAGAAGCUCAGCUUCAAGUCCCUCAAGCGAGCCCUCGAUCUCUUCUCUCCUCUCCAUGGCUACCUCGCUCCUCCUGACCCCGAGAGUAAAAAAAUUCGCAUGAGCCACAAGGUAAGCCUCGAGUAUGAAGGACUCAGAGCCACAACGACGAGCCAACCAUCUCGGGAGGCUAAUGUCGUUCAACCUCCGGUGCCGCCCAAUACCCUUGCUCUUCCAGGUCCAGACAAUUCUAGUGAUCACCAGAAGGGAGGAGCCCAAAAUGCUCUAGUUGUUGGUCCAUCUAUUCAACCAAAGGCACUGAAUGAUGUAGGUUUACCGGGCAAAAGCACUGUAGUUUUUUCUGCUUUGGGGUCAACUGAAAGGAACUUAUCCACGUCCGCUAUAAUGGAAAGAAUCCCAAGCAAAUGGCCACGUCCUGUAUGGCAUCCUCCAUGGAAGACCUACCGGGUCAUCAGUGGCCACUUGGGAUGGGUGAGAUCUAUUGCAUUUGAUCCAAGUAAUACAUGGUUUUGUACUGGCUCUGCAGAUCGCACAAUCAAGAUAUGGGAUGUGGGAAGUGGAAGGCUAAAACUCACACUAACAGGACACAUUGAACAAAUACGAGGCCUUGCUGUCAGCAGUAAACAUACAUACAUGUUUUCUGCUGGUGAUGACAAACAAGUUAAAUGUUGGGACCUUGAACAGAAUAAGGUUAUCCGGUCUUAUCACGGUCAUCUAAGUGGUGUUUAUUGCUUGGCUCUUCAUCCCACUAUUGACAUUUUGCUGACUGGGGGACGUGAUUCUGUCUGCCGGGUCUGGGAUAUUCGUAGCAAGUCGCAAAUAUUUGCUCUCUCUGGCCAUGAUAACACUGUUUGCUCAGUGUUUACUCGACCUAUGGAUCCACAAGUUGUUACUGGCUCCCAUGACUCGACCAUCAAGUUCUGGGACCUCAGAUUUGGGAAAACAAUGUCAACUCUCACCCACCAUAAAAAGUCGGUGCGAGCAAUGGCAGUGCAUCCCAUAGAGCAUUGUUUCGCAUCUGCAUCAGCUGACAACAUUAAGAAAUUUAACCUUCCAAAAGGGGAAUUUUGCCACAACAUGCUCUCGCAGCAAAAAACUAUAAUCAAUGCAAUGGCUGUCAAUGAGGAGGGUGUGUUGGCUACAGGAGGUGACAAUGGGAGUUUGUGGUUCUGGGAUUGGAAGAGUGGUCACAAUUAUCAGCAAGCCCAAACAAUUGUACAGCCUGGCUCGCUGGAUAGUGAAGCUGGUAUCUAUGCAAUUUCCUACGACCUAACUGGUUCGAGGCUUAUUACUUGUGAAGCUGACAAGACAAUUAAAAUGUGGAAAGAAGAUGAGAAUGCUACGCCAGAAACUCAUCCCCUUAAUUUUAAACCACCUAAAGAUAUUCGGCGGUUCUAGAGGUCUUCCUACUUUUUGCUCUGGUUGGUCGUAUCGUGCAGCUUCACAUUGAUUUGGCAAAUGUGAAGCAAAGUUUGUCGUGUAAUCUGGGUACAUGAUUUUAGCAUACAUGCUGCUAAUUGCUUCUGUUAACCAGAGAGUAUGCAGGGGCUGUCUGGGAAAGAAUGACCUAUGGGCGGAAAAUUCCAAAAAUCUGCACAAAUUUGGUUUAGGAAGAAGUUUGCUAAAAUACUGACAGAUUUGGCCGUUCUUGUAGAUCAAUUGUAUUGCUAGUUUUCUUUUGGGUUGAUGUGGCUUAAAGUUCAGAUAAACAAUUCAAACAUUUGGCUGACUCCGAAGCUUUUUUGAAGUGAUGGAUGAUAGCCUGAAGUUGGGUUGUAAAUUACGGAAGUUUGGGUUAACAGAAAUUUGGUAUGGCUUGAGAGAAGGAUAUUUCAAUUUCAGUAAUCAAUAGGAAAUGUGAUUAUAGAUUUUGUAAUCUAUUAAAUUAGGCACAUUUGAGAAUAGUUCUUCGAUAAUAACAAUUUUAUCUUA